CGGAGCCGCGCCGGCGCAGUCUACGCGCGCCUCAGUCCGCGCCGCUUCUCACACAUCACAGACCAAGAUACGUUACAGCCACCACACAUCACAGGAAAAUCAGAAACUUUAGUAAACUACCAGGAUAUCAUAAACAAGAUGACGGUAAAGAAGCGACCUUCAGAUCUGACAAGCUUGGAGCGGUUCAACUUGUACUACAGAGAGAAGGAGCCGCCGAUGACCUCGGGCCAGAAGGCGAAGCGGUUUAUCUGGAAUCCUAAGACCAGGCAGUUCUGUGGCCGGACUGCCUCCAGCUGGUCCAAGAUAGCUUUGUUCUACUUCACCUUUUACUCCGCGCUGGCGAUCCUGGUUGCGAUCUGCAUGUGGACGUUCCUGCAACUGUUGGACGCACGCCAGCCCAAGUGGCAGCUAGAUAGCAGCAUCAUCGGCACCAAUCCCGGCCUCGGCUUCCGACCCACGCCGCCGGAGGUCGCCAGCAGCGUCAUCUGGUACAGGGGCAAUGACCCCGGCAGCUACCAGUUCUGGGUAAAGGAGCUCUCUCAAUUCUUAAAAGUGUACAAACGUGAUGGUAACAAAGCGGGUGCGGGCCAGAACAUCCACAACUGCGACUUCAAACUGCCUGCGCCGGCGGGCAAGGUGUGCGACGUGGACAUGAGCGCGUGGGGACCCUGCGUCGAGGAGAACGGUUUUGCAUACCACAAGUCUACGCCCUGUGUCUUUCUUAAACUCAACAAGAUCUUCGGCUGGCAGCCUGUCUUCUACAACAGCUCGGACGCGCUGCCCCAAGCCAUGCCGCAAGACUUGAAGCAACACAUCAAGAAUAUGACCGCAUAUGAUAAGAAUUAUUUGAACAUGGUGUGGGUGUCAUGUCAGGGCGAGAACCCGGCUGAUCGCGAGAACAUCGGGCCUAUACAGUAUCUGCCAUACCGGGGUUUCCCCGGCUACUACUUCCCAUAUACAAACCAAGAGGGAUACCUCAGCCCCUUAGUUGCUGUACAUCUACAGAGGCCGAAAACUGGCAUGUUGAUAAACAUCGAGUGCCGCGCCUGGGCUCACAAUAUUGUGUACGACCGGCAUGAGGGCAUGGGCUCCGUGCACAUCGAAAUUAUGAUAGAGUAACCCUUAAUCAACAUGAAGCAAUCGGAAUAGGUUUACACGUCAUAAACCUAUAAAAUGGUAAUAACAAAUCGUCGUUUAAGGGUCACGUAAGUGACUAUUGUCUUCCUUUCUCCCUCAGUCUAAAAUGAGAAAGAAUUUAAGUUACCAUAAAACGACCUAUAGUAAACAUUGAGUAUAGAAUUAAUUGUUGAUUUUUUAAAAUUACGCUUCUCAGUUUGAACUGUUUUUAUAAUAAUUUCGUCGUAAUAUGUUCGUUUAGAAAUUUUUUCUUUAGAUAAUUCUGUG